AGUACAGACGAGAAUUGAAGUAUCGCAAGUUGCAUAGCUAAGUUUUAUCUCGCUUUUGUAAAGAGAGAGAGAGAGAGAGAGAGAGAGAGAGAGAGAGAGGGGGGGGGAGGGGAGAUAGAAAGAGAGAAAGAUCGCUGCUUUCCUGAGUCGAGUUCAAGAACAAGAAAGGGAGCGGGUGGAGAAAAAGCGGGGAUAGAGGGGUCAUAAAAGCGGUCAUGCAAUGCGGGAAUGAUGACGAAAACUAUAUGCUCACUGUUGCGUCGCUAUACAAUUUUUAUACGGUUCUCGAACAAGGUCGUGCGCGAGUGGAAUGACCGUGAUUUAAACUCGUGAAUUAUCGCGCCCGCGUGCGUGCGUGCGUGCACGCGCACGCGUACGUGUCCGCGCCCGGUUCGACCGGGCGGACAAGCGAGCGGCGACAGCGAGGGAAGGAACCCGUUCGUUGUCUUUUCUUCCGAUCCGACAAAUGCCAGCUGCCCUCCGGUCCGCUUCGGUACGACUCGUCACACGGACCUUCUGUGCUCACGAACGUGAUCACCUCUGAGCGUCCCACGAGUGACACGCAGGUGUAAAUCGUCACAAGAUGGCUUCCAAUGAAGACGGCGAUUUGAUUGAUCUUGGAAACGAUGUAUGUGUGUCGCGGAUUACUGUGGAUGAUGCGACACCCGAAGAACAAGAGCAUCUGUUGGACGUGUGUCCUCCGAAACUGGAGCAGAAACUCUCCCUCACCAAGCAGCAAGAGCGGGUGCUGAACAGCACCGAUAAUGGUGAUAUCCUGGUAACCUUGGGUCACGAUCAAGUGGUACCUAUUCGCAAAAGGAUCGACGUGGUCUCAUCGGACACGAUCAAGCGGGUACGUGAUAUUACUAGGAAUCUAGAACCUGUGAUACACAGGACUUGUUCGGGCAUUAACGAAGAAACUCAGCAGGACACAGUGGAUUACGCGACGAUAUCGAGCUGCGAAAGAACGAGAGAAACUUCGACAUUGAGGCAUGAGGAUGAAACGUAUGAGACGCGGGAGAUAAACAAUGCUUUUGAUUUCCUCACUGAGCACGACGACAACGAAGACCAAGUAGAGAUGAGCUGCUCCGACCGCGCAAGGAACGAGAACAUCGAUUCGCAUUGCAUGAUAUCUCCUGUGAGUCUCUUGAUUGGAGGGGAAGAAGACAGGGUCAAUUACCCCUUUGAGUCGUCCAGGAUCUCGAAUGAGGAAGCGAACGGUAGAAGCGACGUGGAAGAGACGAAAGCCGUCACGCCAAGUGAGUACGAUGCUCAGCCGGACGAUUCGGUCUAUGAAUCUCCGCCAAAUUCAAACAAGUUUCGCGAGGAUAACUCGCCCAAAGACAGAAUCGUUUCUAUCGAUUCGGAAUCUCGCAUGAGAGUCGUUCUUAAGAGACGCGGAGAGGAAAAUGUUGCCUUGGAGCGCGGAAGCAAAAGGCGUUCCUUUCAAGAGUUUCAUCGUAAAUCGUGGACAGAAGGGGCAAACCUAAACUCGGCUUUUACCGAUGGGCUUCCUGGUAUCGAUAGAUCCAUCAGUCUCAAGGAAUAUCGCUGCGGACCGUCGAUUUCCAAUUGUGGGACCAGCUUUCUCACGAGACAACCGCCGGAAGUGGAAUCAGCGAUCAAACCGAGCGAGGACGUUUGCUCGGAAGGUUCCGAGGUGGAUUGGUCGUGGCUCGAAGAAGUGGAGUAUUUGCGAGCCGCGGAGUCGCUCGCGACCACCGGUGAACGUGAACGUAGUGAACAGGGUGGGAGGGUGAGCGCCGUCCCCACCAACGGAAGUGCGGGGCGCAGGCGCGCCUCCGAGCAUCGCGAAACGGCGAUGGGCCGCAGUGUCGCGAUGUCCGUCACCGCGACGGCAAAGUCCCUAGCAGGUGGUGGCUCGCGGUGGCCAUCCUCCAGUGGCGCGCUUCUCCUCGAUCGUCAAAACAACAAUAACAACAAUCGUCGCAGUAGUGGAAGGCACCGUCGGUAUCGCAACGGUAAUAAUAACAAUAAUGACGGCGACGACGACGAUGACGAGGCCGCGACCGCGCGUUGCAACGCUACGAACGAGGCGGUCGAUCGCGAAAAUCGCGACGGCGCGACAACGACGGUGACCGUCGCGGCCGUCGCCGCGACUGCGAACUCGUGGAUGCGCGCAUCCAUGCGGCGUCUGCGUCAUCUACGGUUACCCGAGGGUACGCAACGCGCCAACGUCGGCGGUAACGAGCCGGCCAAUCGGCGCGCCGCGAUCGUCUCGGCGCCGAAUUCGUUGCCGGAUAUCGCCCUGAUCGCGCCGGAGAUCCUCGCCGCGCAGACCAAUGGUAGCAGCGCUUCUGGCGCGCUGCUCCGGCCUUCGAGCGCGCCCGCGAGAAACGUGAUCGCCGGCGUCGCGACGCCCCGCCGAACCGGCCGGCAGUUCGCCGGUGGUAGAGCGCAAGGGACGCGAAAUCGCGAGGUGUCCUCGAGGCAAGGCAGCCUCGGCUCCACGACCACGGCCAGCGAUACUACCGUGUCCGGCAACACGACGUGCUCCAGCUCUUUCGGCGGUGUUUCCAGCAGCGCGCCUUCCAGCACGGCGACCAGCCCGCAGCGCGCCGCUCUCAGAAGUUCCAGGAUAUGCGAGAGACAGAGAGAUGCCAACAGGCAUAACGACAGGAACGAAGACGAUGAUGAGGACGAGAAUCCUCUGGGAAAAUGGCCUCACGCCCUCAGUUCGACCUUCGCGUGUCUCGGCUGCACUCUGGGACUCUUUAACAUCAGCAGAUUCGCUAUUCUUAGCAUACAAUUUGGAGCAAACUUCAUGAUACAGUUCCUGAUCUUAUCCCUCAUACUAGGCAUCCCGUUGUUAACACUACAAGUAUGUCUUGGACAAAGAUUGGCAGCCGGUUCCGUGGAUAUGUGGAGUAUAUCUCCGAUUUGUCAAGGCGUCGGGAUAGCUCUGCUCGUCGCGCAGGCAUUUAUCGGUAUCUACAGUAUAGUCGGUGUAUCGUGGAUGUUUGUGUUCUUCAGAGAUUCAUUCAUAACGAAGCAGGACAAAUAUCGAUGGGCGGAGCCAUUUCUUCUCUAUCGAGAGGACAACCGUUUCACACACAACAUCACCGCUUCGUACAAAUUACACGAGACUGUUCCGGAUUAUUUCAGCGGUGCUGUAUUGCAAAGACAUCAUUUGAUUGAUUCUAAUCCUGGUGUCGUCACAUUGAAGUUCCAAGUGGCCUUCAAUUUAGCCGUUGUGUGGAUGAUUGUGUUUGUUUCACUGAGUAAAGGACUGAGAUCUUACGGAAAAGUUGUAUACGUUUUCACACUAGCGCCCGUGUUUGGCACGUUAGUCCUUUGCGCGAAACUGAUCGGACUUAUUCCGCCGGGCUCGUUCAACCAACUUUUCCCUGCCACUGUUUGGAGCGAAUUCUUUAUUAAUGGGAAGUCAUGGGUGGCUGCCUCGAACGAGGUCUUCCUCACAUGGGGUUUACUCGGUGCGGCCGCUAUGCAGAUAGCGGCUCAUAACAAGCACAAGCAUUUCCUACAGCGCGAUAUAAGUCUCGUGGUAAUCUUGACGUUUGUGGUCCUCUUUCUCGCGGCUUUCCUCGCGAAUACCUGCGUACAAAUCCUCAGGCUUCACGGCUACAUCUACACUACUAGUUCUUUCGAGAGAAUAUCAGGGUAUACGUUUAUGAGGCUUGUCAAUGAUCCAGCACCACCAGGAUAUAGUAUCACGCCAGAGAGAUUCAUGUCUCACGCAUCGUUUCUUCUUGGACAACGCGUAAUACGACCUGGCGUCGACACAAGUACCGAGUCCGGAUACCAGGUGUUACGGUUAGCCACUGAAUUGGUGCCUUCGACACUGGCAUUGUUAGGCACUGAACAGGUGUCGCCGUUCUGGGCAGUCCUGUUUUAUUUCAUUCUCAUUUUAUUUGGAAUCGCACAACAGCUGGCGAUCUGGCAUUGUGUAAUAACUGGUAUAAUGGCGAUCAAUACGAAAAUGAUGAAGCUCUGGGAGACCACGAUCACGUUUUUUAGCUGCGCUUGUGGUUACAUACUCGGAUUACCUAUGGCUACGGAGUUGGGUAUUUAUGUUGUGUACUAUCUCGAUUAUACCGUCGGCGGGGCAUGGUGGAUAAUAUUUUUGUAUCUAAUACAAAUCGUCGCUCUAUUCGCGAUCCGUGGGCGACCACACUCCGGCGAAGCAGUCGUCGCCGAGUUAUUCCCACCAAGUGGACGAUAUCUCAAGUACUGGGCCGCCCCUCUCCUCUCCUUCACAUGGACUGUUGUUCUCCCCCUUACUUUGGUGGCUCUGAGUAUUAUAGUAUUCAAGAGCGGUGACUUCUGGGAAUUGUAUUCUUAUCGUCGCACGAGCAAAGAUUACUGGGUUGUAUGGGCAAGGCAACUUGGAACGGCGAUUCAACUGACACCGAUACUCAUAAUACCGGUAGUGUCUGCCAUACAGGCGUGUCGGUACUUGAAUAACGGACCACCCGAUAUAUUCGAUAGCGAACAGGUGGCAGUAACAAUAAAUCAUUGUGAACAAUGUAACGGCAGAAUUCAAUUGCUUUGUCGGCCGAUGGAUCCAGAAGAGCCUCGCGAUGCUCAGACUCAAAUUGGAAACGACACCAGCACCAGCUUGCACGGAAAUGGCAUUUUACCCACCGCGACCACGGAGAUACCUUUCGAGGAUCCGCCGCCGAAGUACACACCUCCGCCUAGCUAUACUACGGCGACCGGAGCACGGAUCGCGAAGAUGCUGCGGCAAAGCUUCCGACGAAGCGUGCGGAGGAUCGCGAACGUGUUGGGGGAGAGCAGCGCGCCGCGACAGAGACCGGCGUUGCAGCCACCGCCUCCUGAUUAUGCGACCGUUCUGGUGGAGAUGAACCAGAGCGGCGCACAGAUGUCGCAUGAUCACGUUGCGAUCCACGUGUUGUCGGAGCCGCGGCCGGACGUGACGAAUACUGGUGAUAGUCGGCAUGGCAUCGUGUCGGCGGUCGAACGUCGUCAUCGGCCGAACACUAUCGACCGCGCCAGCAAGAUCGGCAUCGCAAGCAGAUCGCGCACAAUCGAACGCACUCACUCGACGAUCGACCACGGUCGCCGAUGUACGAACGCUACCACGAACACCCUGUCCGGUUCGAACUUAACGGCCGCCGACGUGGCGAAUCUACUUCGUAGCAGUAUACGCAGGGGCACCACGAGGACACAGCAUUCCUUACGUAGGAGCUUCUGCCAUGAGGCACCGACGAUGGCGGCGUCCGUCGAAAAUCUAGUCGAAGCCGCUGCACCUAUCGGCGAGGACUCCUUAAUCUUAUCGAAGGAUACGCCUCUAGUCCCUGAUGAACAGGUCGGCGACCGCAAUCGCCGCGAUGGCGACGAUCACGACGAUGGCAACGACGGCGAGGAGAAAAAGACUGCAAGCGAAAUGGAAAGUUCCGUUUCUGUGAUAUAGACUGA